CGGCCUGGGGUGUCUCCUCGUCCCGGGGGCGGGUGAGCAGAGCCUUCGGCAGAUGAAUCGCCGGCUCUGGACGGUGGAAGGCACUAGGUGGCAGAGCCGGCGGCGGUGGGGGGUUGGUUCUGGGAGACCGGAAAUCGCUAGUCCUGGUGCGCGUUGUUUUCCCUCAGGUCAGGUCGGCGGGUUACGGCGCUUCGGGAAGGAGACGCUCUGCCUGAGUCUUGAAUUCCAAGAUGAGUGAUACUUCUGAAACAGUUCCAAAUUUUGAAGAGAUGUUUGCGACCAGAUUCACACAAGAUGACAAAGAGUACCAGGAAUACUUGAAACGCCCUCCUGAAUCCCCUCCAAUUAUUGAGGAAUGGAAUAGCAGAGCUGGUGGGAACCAAAGAAAUAGAGGCAAUUGGUUGCAAGAUAACAGACAGUAUAGAGGUAGGGAUAACAGACGAGGAUGGCCAAGUGACAGUCGCUCAAAUCAAUGGCAUGGACGAUCCUGGGGUAAUAAUUACCCACAGCACAGGCAAGAACCUUACUAUCCACAACAGUACGGACAAUAUGGUCACAACCAACGACCUCCUUAUGGUUACUAUCGAUAGCAGUGUUGACAGCUUUUAGCAGAAAGACCAUUUACAUUGUUAAUGUACUAAAGGUUUUUAUGUCUUCUUUUGGUAAUAGUUUCCCAUCCUAUUUUUAAGAGAAUGGAUUAUUAAUUUUUUGGAACUUGAUUUAUAUGAUUACUGGGAAUAAAUAUCCGCUAACCCCAAUGUGGA